AUGGCUGCAUUCAGGAAAAUCGAAUUCUUAAAGGCAGACGGAUUCAAUUUGAGGGAAUUUUAUAAUGCUGCGGGCGACAAAGAACUAUGUAUCAUCAUGAGCAAUUGGUUUACAGGAACCAAGGAGCCCUCCUCGCCGAUUUUGCGGAAAGAUUUCAAGCAGCCGGCUAUGCGGUCCUUCUCUAGGACAAUCGCAAUUGGGGCGAAAGCGAUGGAGUACCAAGGCUCGAGUGUGACCUUACUGCACAAACGUGCGACUAACUUGCAGCUUUCACCUUCGCGGCGUCUUUUCCCCGAGGUUGAUGCUAGCAACGUUGCAUACUGA